GGCCUGAGACCGAGCACCAUGCCUUCAAUUAAGUUGCAGAGUUCCGAUGGAGAGAUAUUUGAAGUUGACGUUGAAAUCGCCAAACAGUCUGUGACUGUCAAGACCAUGUUGGAAGAUUUGGGAGUGGACGAUGAAGGAGAUGAUGAUCCAGUUCCUCUACCAAAUGUUAAUGCAGCAAUAUUAAAAAAGAUCAUUCAAUGGUGCACCCAUGACAAGGAUGACCCCCCUCCUCCUGAGGAUGAUGAGAACAAAGAAAAGUGGACAGAUGAUAUCCCUGUUUGGGACCAAGAAUUCCUGAAAGUUGACCAAGGAACACUGUUGGAACUUAUUCUGGCUGCGAACUACUUAGACAUCAAAGGUUUGCUUGAUGUUACACGCAAGACUGUUGCCAGUAUGAUCAAGGGGAAAACUCCUGAGGAGAUCCGCAAGACCUUCAAUAUCAAAAAUGACUUUACUGAAGAAGAGGAAGCCCAGGUACGCAAAGAGAACCAGUGGUAUGAAGAGAAGUGAAAUGUUAUGCCUGACACUGUAACACUGUAAGGAUUGUUCCAAAUACUAGUUGUAUUGCUCUGUUUAUAAUUGUUAAUAUUAGACACACAGUAGACAAAUGGCAGCAGCGAAUCAGUUGUUUAAGCAGAAUAUUGUCCUCCUUGCAUGUGUAGUUUGAGUACAGAUUCCAAACUUAUGGCUGAG